GUGAGGUCUCCGCCAGUUUUGCUGUUCGUAUAGGAGUGAUGAUGUGACCCGAAUUUGGUAUAGCGAGCGAGCGAGCGAAAAUGAUUAUACACUUAUGGAGCUAUUUGUACAAACAUGUCUUUCGAUUUUGGAUAAAAUGGAUCUUGAGACAGCUCACUGGAAAAUGUGAACUACAACGUAUCUGUGAUGGUUCAAAGAAAAGUGCAGAAAGGACACUCAAAAUAGAACAUUCACUGGAAUCAUCAAAGAAUAAGGUAUUACAAAGUGCUGUGCAUGCUCCUGAGGAUGAAGUGAAAAAAUACGUAGCACUCAUCAUGAAAGAAAAGAAGAUUGAUAUACAGAAGGAUACAGGGUUCUCCUUGAAGCUCCAAAUGUGUUUGCUGCAGAUAACUGGUUAUAAGAAACUUUAUUUGGAUGUAGAAGAUCUGAGAAAAUGUCAAUAUAACUCCUGUAACGAAGGGCAUGAGAAGCAAUUAAUUGAGCUUUGGAAUUUGUUGAUGCCCCAUGAAAAACUGAAGGCUAGAAUCACGAAGCAGUGGUGUGACAUUGGUUUCCAAGGUGAUGACCCUAAAACAGACUUCAGAGGAAUGGGCAUGCUGGGAUUAGUUAAUCUUCUUUACUUCAGUAAACAUUAUACCCAUGAAGCACGUCAAAUCCUUACUCGUUCAAACAAUCCAAAACUGGGAUAUUCCUAUGCAAUAGUUGGGAUCAACUUAACAGAGAUGGCUUACAGUUUAUUGAAGAACGGUGCUUUAAAAACUUACUUCUACAACCUGGUUCCUUCUGUAGCACAAAUGGAUCACUUCCAUCGGUUUUACUGUUAUUUGGCAUAUGAGUUUGACAAAUUUUGGUUUGAAGAAGAACCAGAAAGUAUUAUGUACUUCAAUCAGUACAGAGAAAAAUUUCAUGAAAUAAUCAAAAGACGUCUUCAGGAUUAUGAUGUAGUCCUUGCCUUAUAAAGUGAAAAAUAUUGUUCAGUCCUUUGGGUACUGUACAUAAAAAUUAUGCACUUCAAUGGAAUCCUCAUUUUUAACCAAAAAUCUUCACCCAAUGAUCAAGUUUUAUAACUUUAGAAAAUUUCUUGGGAGAGCUUGGACAAUCAACACUAAUUUAGAACUGUAUGCUAUUUGCUGAAGGGGAGAACUUUUAAAAUACAAAGAUCUUCACUGGAUCAUAGGACAUCAUAACUUUUGUACACUUCUUCUGGCAGGAAGACGAGACAGGUACUUGGGCUUUGUCAUAUUACCUAAUAGCUGCCUUUCCAAAUAUGACUAGGGAUUAGUUUACAGCCAGAUAUUUUCACUACUUUUCAGAACAGAAACAACUUUGGUUAUAGAUUUGUGUUGGGUUCUGUUUUUCUAAUAUGUAACAUGCUUUCUUGUUGUUGGAGGAAGGGACAUGCAAACAGAUUAAAUCAUUUGGAUGUGUUAACAUCUCUACUUUGGGUUAAAUGAGAUUAUUCUGUAAUGAUUUUGUUAAAUGGAUUUAAGGGAAAUAUGCAGCUGGAUCACCAGAUAAAAAAAGCUUUUGGUAAAAGAAGUCUUUGUAUGCUUCCAAUAAUACUUUCAACUAAAUGUUUUUCUGGGCAGCAGACUUCAUAUUUCAAUUAUUGGACUUUUUUUUUUUUUUGGUCUACCAACACAUUCACAGCUGGUAGAGAAGCCUGGAGCUCAAAAUUCUUAGAUAAUGACAAGUAAUCAGUCAGUUAACUGGAUUCUUCUAUACAUUUUAUUAUAUAUUGAAGAAGGCCACUUGGGUGGCAUAUUCCUAGACAAUCAAAGCAAUAGGAUUUUAUAUCUAUGGUAAAUUUAUUAAUCCUUUUCUAAAAAUGUUUGGUUUCCAAUCUAUUUAUGUUUGUGUUCUGCUGGGGCUCAAAAGUUAAUCUUCAAAGUGCCUUCUUCUGACUACAGUUACACCUCAUCCUUUUGGAACUGGGGCUCUGUCUGUUGUGGAACAGUUCUGGGUACAUAGUGGUUCCUAUGUUAAGAGUUGAUACAGCAGAUUUAGCAAAAUACAUAUGUACUGCUUAAUCUUGCUCACCUGAUCAUUGGCUAGAUAGCUGUUCUUUGUUUGCAGUGUAAUUAAGAGCGCAGCAAAUAACAGUCUAAAGGAAAAUAGGAUUUCAGAUAACUACUUGCAGACACUUUAAUAUUGUAGUCAUUAUCUACCCUGCAACUAUUACUUAUAGCCUGUAGCUUCUAACUAGUACCUGACACAGGUUUUUUUUAAAAAUCUGAUAUAGUUUACAGUAAAGUUUAAUGUCUUAAUAAAGCUUCUCAAAGUCUUUCUGGGGGAGGGGGUGAGAGAGGAAAGGAAGAUUGAAAAUACAGUGUCUUCAUCUGUUUCUGUAACUGUUCAAUAUUUUUUGUGGAAUAAAAGGCACUAAUUACUACAAACAUACCUGGUGUGAACCAAAAUAAACUUGGUGUGCACAACAAAAAAUCCAUAUGGCUUAAAUGCUUCCUUGGAGCUCUUGUGUGCUGGGAUAGCCCUCUCUUUACGUCUCAUUUGUUUUAGGAUUUUCUGUCAUGGAGGAACAGAGUAGCUGUAUAUGAGUACUUAAGUUGCUGGUUCAUAAUGUCAUUCUUGUCUGAAAUACUGCAGUAAAUGACAUAUGUCCUUUUUGUGUAAUUUGGAGGUACUGUAAUCACACACUGAGUUCUAUUUGAGGGGUUUUAUAAUAGCUUAAUAAAGAAAGUUGUGGAUGUUUAAGCAGCAGUUCACUAAAAAUGUCACUGUGUUACGCAUAUCAGAACUAAAGGAAACUGAGGAUACUGAGGCAAGUAUGCAUAGACUUUUGUGCCAGAGGAGAUAUAAGGGCAUGUCUUAAUGUUGCUCAGUCAUCACUUUAGUGCUGAACCACAUUAGUUUUAUUCACAAAAAUUUUUUUUUUGCACAAAUCCAAUGUAUCAUUUUUAAUGUGGAUUGCAGAAUCUGCAUGGACCCAGUGAGUUCCUUAGUGUACCUUUUGCAGAUUUGGUUGAGUUCCCAUUAGCUAUAGGGUAUGCUGAAUCUACCCAUCUGAGAAUACUAGGGUCACAAAACAAUUGUCAAUAAGCAAGUUUCUGUCAAUGGGACUUAAAAAUCUGUAUGAAAUAUCAAGGCAAUAGGUAUCUCUACUCCUGUCAAAAGCAUAGAAAUACUGCACCUAUAUGAGAAAUUCCAUUAAUUUCUUAAAGCAGAAAUGUGUGGAAUUGCUUGGUUCCUCCCAGGAAAUGCUUCAGAAGGAUCAGAUGUAUGAAUUCUGAUUCUGCCCAAGUUCCAGACUGGAUUCCAGCUAUGAAUGAAUUUUGAAACUAGCAAUUUGGUUUCUAGAAUAGCUACAAAAUCUUGCUAUACAGAAGCCACUAUUUGUGGAACAGGUUAGCUGUUAAGUAUUGUAAAACAUCUAAUGAAAAUAGUUAACGGCAAGCCAGAAGAUGUUGGUCACUAACUUAAUCAGUUUAACAGUGAAUGAUUAUUUUCCCCCCC